AUGGCGGCGCAUAAACCCGUGGAAUGGGUUCAGGCCGUAAUUAGUAGAUUCGACGAGCAGCUUCCAGUUAAAGUGGGCCAACAGAACACUCACACCAAAGUCAGCACGGAGCACAACAAGGAAUGUCUGAUCAACAUCUCCAAGUAUAAGUUCUCACUGGUGAUCAGUGGCCUCACAAACAUACUGAAGAAUGUGAACAACAUGCGAAUAUUUGGGGAGGCUGCGGAGAAGAACCUGUAUCUCUCUCAGCUCAUCAUCCUGGACACACUGGAGAAGUGCCUUGCUGGGCAACCGAAGGACUGCAUGCGUCUGGACGAGACCAUGCUGGUGAAGCAGCUGCUGCCAGAAAUCUGUCACUUCAUCCACACCUACCGCGAGGGCCACCAGCACGCCGCCGAGCUCCGUAACUCCGCCUCCGGGGUCCUAUUCUCCCUCAGCUGCAACAACUUCAACGCUGUGUUCAGCCGCAUCUCCACCAGGUUGCAGGAGCUCACCGUGUGUUUGGAGGACACAGUGGAUGUCCAUGACAUUGAGCUCAUCCAGUACAUUAAUGUGGACUGUGUCAAGCUAAAGAAACUGCUCCAAGAGACGGUGUUUAAAUUCAAAGCCCUCAAGAAGCCUGCCCAGCUAAGUGUCAUCAACAGUUUAGAGAAGGCCUUCUGGAACUGGGUGGAGAACUACCCUGAUGAGUUCACCAUGCUGUACCAGAGGCCACAGACAGACAUGGCCGACUGUGCAGAGAAGCUGUUUGACCUGGUGGACAGUUUUGCUGAGAGUGCCAAGAGGAAGGCAGCCGUGUGGCCACUGCAGAUCAUCCUCCUCAUCCUCUGUCCCGACAUCACACAGGACCUCUCCAGAGAGACCGUGGAGGACACCAAGGUCAACAAGAAACUGUUCCUGGAGAACCUGAGGAAGGCCCUGGCCGGCCACGGGGGCAGUAAACAGCUGACUGAGAGUGCUGCCAUCGCCUGUGUCAAACUCUGCAAGGCCUCCACCUACAUUAACUGGGAAGACCACUCUGUCAUCUUCCUCCUGGUGCAGUCCAUCGUGGUGGACCUCAAGGCCCUGCUCUUCAACCCAGCCAAGCCUUUCUCCAGAGGGGCGGGAAGCCAGAACGCAGACGUGGACCUCAUGAUCGACUGCUUCGUCUCCUGUUUCCGCAUCAAUCCCCACAACAACCAGCACUUUAAGGUCUGCCUGGCAUCAUCCUCCCCUCCCACCUUUCACUUUGUCCUGGUCAACUCCCUACACAGAAUCAUCACUAAUUCUCCGUUGGACUGGUGGCCUAAGAUUGACGCUGUGUACUGCUACUCAGGAGAGCUGAGGGUCAUGUUUUCUGAGACACUGGGUCACGUGAUGAGGGGCUGCAGUACACACGCUCCCCUACGCUUGACUACGAGUCUGACCUUCAAGGAGAAGAUGACCAGUCUGAAGUUCAAGGAGAAGACCACAGAUCUGGACACGCGGAGCCUCCUGCUGGCCCUGGUCAAGCUCAUCCACUCUGACCCUAAACUCAUGCUGCAUAACCCGGGUAAGCAGGGUCAGGAGAUCCAGAGCAGUACAGCAGAGCUGAUCACCGGCCUGGUGCAGCUGGUGCCUCUGGCCAACAUGGGAGAGUGUUCACAGGAGGCCAUGGAGGCCCUCUUGGUCCUGCAUCAACCUGAGACCAUAGAGCUGUGGAACCCAGAUGCUCCCAUUGAAACCUUCUGGGAGAUCAGUUCCCAGGUCCUCUUCUUCAUCUGUAAGAAGCUGGUUGGCCACCAGAUGAUCAACAGCACAGAGAUCCUUAAGUGGCUGAGGGAGAUCCUCAUCUGCAGGAACAAGUUCCUCCUCAGGAACAAGGAGCGGGCCACGGUGGGCAGUGGCAUCCCCAUCUGUAGACAGGCCCAGACCAAGCUGGAGGUGUGUCUCUACAUGUUCCUGUGGAGCCCUGACAUGGAGGCCGUUCUGGUGGCCAUGUCCUGCUUCAGACACCUGUGUGAGGAGGCUGAGGUCCGCUGUUGCGUGGACGAGGUCCCGGUACAGACUAUCCUGCCCAACUACAACACCUUCAUCGAGUUUGCCUCCGUCAGCAACAUGAUGUCCACAGGCCGCUCAGCCCUGCAGAAGAGAGUGAUGGCUCUGUUGAGGAGGAUCGAACAUCCUACUGCAGGAAACAAAGAGGCAUGGGAAGACACGCAUGCAAAAUGGGAGCAGGCAACCAAAUUAAUCCUCACCCAUCCCAAAACUAAGCUAGAGGAUGGCCAGCAGGAGUGGAUCAACAUGACGGGCUUCCUGUGUGCUCUGGGAGGUGUGUGUCUGCAGCAGCGCAGCGCCCCAGGCCUGGCCACCUACAGCCCCCCCAUGGGGCCUCUCAGUGAGAGAAAGGGCUCCAUGAUCUCCAUGGGCUCCUGUGAGGGGAACACGGAGACGCCCCUGGGCCGCUUCCUGGAUCGCCUGCUGUCUCUCAUGGUGUGCAGCCAUGAGAAGGGUGUUCAGAUCCGGACUAAUGUUAAGGACCUAGUUGGCCUGGAGCUCAGCCCGGCUCUCUACCCCAUGCUUUUCAACAAACUCAAGAACAGCAUCAGCCGCUUCUUCGACGCACAGGGGCCGGUCCCCAUCAAUGACACGAACACCCAGUUUGUGGAGCAGACCAUCGCCAUCAUGAAGAACCUACUGGACAACCACACUGAGGGCAGCUCAGAGCACCUGGGACAGGCCAGCAUAGAGACCAUGAUGCUCAACCUGGUCAGGUACGUGCGUAUCCUAGGCAACAUAGUGCAUGCCAUCCAGAUCAAGACCAAGCUGUGCCAGCUGGUGGAGGUGAUGAUGGAGAGACGAGACGACCUGUCCUUCUGCCAGGAGAUGAAGUUCAGGAACAAGAUGGUGGAGUACCUGACAGACUGGGUGAUGGGCACCUCAAACCAAGCGGCUGACGAUGACGUCAAGUGUCUUACCAGGGACCUGGACCAGGCCAGUAUGGAGGCGGUGGUGUCUCUGCUAGCUGGCCUGCCCCUCCAGCCUGAGGAGGGAGAUGGAGUGGAACUGAUGGAGGCCAAGUCCCAGCUCUUCCUCAAGUACUUCACCCUGUUCAUGAACCUGCUGAAUGACUGCAGUGAGGUGGAGGAUGAUGGGCAGCAGGUGGCAGGGAGGAAGAGGGGCAUGUCCCGACGUCUGGCCUCCCUCAGACACUGCACCGUCCUGGCCAUGUCCAACCUCCUCAAUGCCAACGUGGACAGCGGCCUCAUGCACUCCAUCGGUCUGGGCUACCAUAAGGACCUGCAGACACGGGCCACCUUCAUGGAGGUGCUGACUAAGAUCCUGCAGCAGGGAACAGAGUUUGACACACUGGCAGAGACGGUGCUGGCAGACCGCUUCGAGAGGCUGGUAGAGCUGGUCACCAUGAUGGGAGACCAGGGAGAGCUGCCUAUCGCCAUGGCUCUGGCCAAUGUAGUGCCCUGCUCCCAAUGGGAUGAGCUGGCGCGGGUGCUGGUGACUCUGUUUGACUCGCGCCACCUCCUGUACCAGCUGCUGUGGAACAUGUUCUCUAAGGAGGUGGAGCUGGCGGACUCCAUGCAGACUCUGUUCAGAGGAAACAGUCUGGCCAGCAAGAUCAUGACCUUCUGCUUUAAGGUGUACGGGGCCACGUACCUGCAGAAGCUGCUGGAGCCUCUCCUCAGAGGGGUCAUCACCGCCCCAGAGUGGCAGCUCAUCAGCUUCGAGGUGGAUCCCACCAGGCUGGAGCAGAGUGAGAUCCUGGAGGAGAACCAGAGGAACCUGCUGCAGAUCACCAACCGCUUCUUCCUGGCCAUCAUCAACUCCUCCACAGAGUUCCCCCCACAGCUGCGCAGUGUCUGUCACUGCCUGUUCCAGGCAACUUGCCACUCUCUACUGAAUAAAGCCACAGUUAAAGAGAAAAAGGAAAGCAAAAAAGCAGUGGUCAGCCAGCGUUUCCCCCAGAACAGCAUAGGGGCGGUGGGUAGUGCCAUGUUCCUACGUUUCAUCAACCCUGCCAUAGUGUCGCCCUAUGAGGCAGGCAUCCUGGAUAAGAAACCUCCUCCCAGGAUAGAGAGGGGAUUGAAGCUCAUGUCCAAGAUCCUGCAGAGCAUUGCCAACCAUGUUUUAUUCACCAAAGAGGAGCACAUGAGGCCUUUCAAUGACUUUGUCAAAAGCAACUUUGAUGCAGCUAGAAGGUUUUUCCUGGACAUUGCAUCAGACUGCCCUGCCAGUGACUCCGUCAACCACAGCCUGUCCUUCAUCAGUGAUGGCAAUGUUCUGGCCCUGCAUCGGCUGCUGUGGAACAACCAGGAGAAGAUAGGACAGUACCUCUCCAGCAACAGGGAUCACAAGGCAGUAGGGAGACGGCCGUUUGACAAGAUGGCUACCCUCCUGGCCUAUCUGGGGCCCCCAGAGCACAAACCUGUGGCUGACACCCACUGGUCCAGCCUCAACCUCACCAGCUCCAAGUUUGAAGAAUUUAUGACAAGACACCAGGUACAUGAGAAAGAGGAGUUCAAAGCCCUGAAGACCCUCAACAUCUUCUACCAGGCUGGCACCUCCAAGAACGGCAACCCUGUCUUCUACUACAUCACACGCAGAUUCAAGACGGGCCAGAUCAACGGUGACCUUCUCAUCUACCACGUGCUGCUGACCUUGAAGCCCUACUACGCCAAGCCCUAUGAGAUCGUUGUGGACCUGACCCACGCCGGACCCAGCAACCGCUUCAAGACCGACUUCCUGUCCAAGUGGUUUGUGGUGUUCCCGGGCUUCGCCUACGAGAACGUGGCUGCCAUCUACAUCUACAACUGCAACACGUGGGUGAGGGAGUACACCAAGUACCACGAGAGACUGCUGACAGGCCUGAAGGGGAGCAAGAAGCUGUUGUUCAUUGAUUCACCAGCGCGGCUUGCUGAGCACGUUGAGCCUGACCAGCAGAAGCUGCCUGCGGCCACGCUAGCCCUUGAGGAGGACCUCAAGGUGUUCCACAACGCCCUCAAACUGGCCCACAAGGACACCAAGGUCUCCAUCAAGGUGGGCUCCACAGCAGUCCAGGUGACGUCAGCAGAGCGUACCCGGGUCCUGGGUCAGUCGGUCUUCCUCAACGACAUCUACUACGCCUCAGAGAUAGAGGAGAUCUGCCUGGUGGAUGAGAACCAGUUCACGCUUACCAUCGCCAACCAGGGCACGCCGCUCACCUUCAUGCACCAGGAGUGUGAGGCCAUCGUCCAGUCCAUCAUCCACAUCAGGACGCGUUGGGAGCUGUCCCAGCCGGACUCCAUCCCCCAGCACACCAAGAUCAGGCCCAAAGACGUGCCGGGGACCCUGCUCAACAUUGCCCUCCUCAACCUGGGCAGCUCUGACCCCAGCCUCAGAUCGGCGGCCUACAACCUGCUCUGUGCCUUGACCUGCACCUUCAACCUGAAGAUAGAAGGCCAGCUGCUGGAGACGUCGGGCCUGUGUAUCCCUGCAAACAACACCCUCUUCAUAGUGUCCAUCAGCAAGACACUGGCCGCCAACGAACCACACCUCACCCUGGAGUUCCUGGAAGAGUGUAUCUCUGGCUUCAGCAAAUCUAGUAUUGAGUUGAAACACCUGUGUCUGGAGUACAUGACCCCCUGGCUGCUCAACCUGGUGAGGUUCUGUAAGCACAAUGACGACGCCAAGCGCCAACGUGUCACCGCCAUCCUGGACAAGCUCAUCACCAUGACCAUCAACGAGAAGCAGAUGUACCCUUCUAUCCAGGCUAAGAUCUGGGGUAGUCUAGGACAGAUAACGGACCUGCUGGACGUGGUGCUGGACAGCUUCAUCAAGACCAGCGCUACAGGAGGCCUGGGUUCCAUCAAGGCUGAGGUCAUGGCCGACACAGCUGUGGCGCUGGCCUCCGGGAAUGUCAAGCUGGUGUCCAGCAAGGUGAUCAUCCGCAUGUGUAAGAUCAUCGAUAAGACGUGUCUGUCUCCCACGCCCACCCUGGAGCAACAUCUGAUGUGGGAUGACAUCGCCAUCCUGGCCCGUUACAUGCUCAUGCUGUCCUUCAACAACUCUCUGGACGUGGCCACUCACCUGCCCUACCUGUUCCACGUGGUCACUCUGCUGGUGGCCACCGGCCCCCUGUCCCUCCGCGCCUCCACACACGGCCUGGUCAUCAACAUAAUCCACUCCCUCUGUACCUGCUCCCAGCUCAACUUCAGUGAGGAGACCAAGCAGGUCCUGAGGCUGAGCCUGACAGAGUUCUCCCUGCCUAAGUUCUACCUGCUGUUCGGUAUCAGUAAGGUCAAGUCUGCUGCGGUCAUCGCCUUCCGCUCCAGCUACCGCGACCGCUCCUUCUCCCCCGGGUCCUACGACAGGGAGACCUUCGCCCUGUCCUCCCUGGAGACAGUCUCUGAGGCCCUGCUGGAGAUCAUGGAGGCCUGUAUGAGGGAUAUCCCUGGCUGUAAGUGGCUGGACCAGUGGACAGAGCUGGCUCAGAGGUUUGCGUUCCAGUACAACCCGUCCCUGCAGCCCAGAGCCCUGGUGGUGUUUGGCUGCAUCAGUAAGAGGGUGACCCACGGCCAGAUCAAACAGAUCAUCAGGAUCCUCAGCAAGGGUCUGGAGAGCUGUCUAAAGGGACCUGAUAACUACAACAGCCAGGUGUUGAUAGAAGCCACAGUAAUCGCUCUCACCAAGCUACAGCCUCUCCUCAACAAGGACUCCCCCAUGCACAAGGCUCUGUUCUGGGUGGCCGUGGCUGUGCUCCAGCUGGACGAGGUCAAUCUCUACUCUGCCGGCACCGCCCUGCUGGAGCAGAACCUCCACACACUGGACAGCCUCAGGGUCUUCAACGACAAGAGUCCAGAGGAGGUGUUUAUGGAGAUCAGGAAGCCUCUGGAGUGGCACUGUAAACAGAUGGACCACUUUGUGGGCCUCAACUUCAAUUCCAACUUCAACUUUGCACUAGUGGGUCACCUGUUGAAAGGGUACAGACACCCCUCCCCCAACACAGUGGCGCGGACCAUCCGGAUUCUCCACACACUGCUAGCCCUGGUGGGAAAACACCUCAACUGUGACAAGUUUGAGGUGAACACCCAGAGUGUGGCCUACCUGGCAGCUCUCCUCACUGUUUCAGAAGAGGUCCGCAGCCGCUGUAGCCUCAAGCACAGGAAGUCCCUGCUCCUCUCGGAAGUUACCAUGGGGAAUGUUCCCAUGGACACGUACUCUGUGCACCACAGCGACCCCUGCUGCAGGACUCUUCGGGAGAGUCAGCCGUGGACGUCCCCCAAGGUGUCAGAACGCUACCUAGUGGCUCACUACUCCUCGGUGGGGCAGAUCAGCCCCCGCACACGCAAGUCCAUGAGCCUGGACAUGGGCCAGCCUUCCCAGGCAAACACUAAGAAACUGCUGGGCACUAGGAAGAGUUUUGAUCACUUGAUAUCAGACAACAAAGCACCAAAGAGGCCAGAUAUGGAGUCUGGCAUCACUACGCCUCCAAAGAUGAGGAGGGUGGCGGAGAACGAUUAUGAAAUAGAAUCGACCCAAAGAAUCUCCCACCACACCCUGAGGAAGGUGUCUGUGUCGGAGUCCAACGUGCUGCUGGAUGAAGAGGUUCUCACAGACCCCAAGAUCCAGGCUCUGCUGCUCACGGUCCUGGCUACGUUGGUGAAGAAUACAACAGAUGAUUUUGACCAGAGAAUCCUCUACGAGUUUUUAGCUGAAGCUAGUGUUGUCUUCCCUAGGGUCUUUCCAGUUGUUCACAACCUGCUGGACUCGAAAAUCAACACCCUCCUCUCACUGUGCCAGGACCCUAACCUCCUAAACCCCAUCCAUGGCAUCGUGCAGAGUGUGGUUUACCAUGAGGAGUCACCACCCCUGUACCAGCCCUCCUACCUACAGAGCUUUGGGUUUAAUGGUCUAUGGAGAUUCGCUGGGCCCUUCUCAAAGCAAACCCAGAUCCCGGACUACGCUGAGCUGAUAGUGAAGUUCCUGGAUGCUUUGAUUGACACGUAUCUGCCGGGGAUCGACGAGGAGACGAGCGAGGAGUGUCUGCGUACGCCCACGUCGCCCUACCCCCCGCCGGGCCAGAGCCAGCUCAGCAUCACAGCCAACCUCAAUCUCUCCAACUCCAUGACCUCACUGGCCACCUCCCAGCACUCCCCAGGAAUCGACAAGGAGAAUGUGGAACUCUCUCCAACCACGGGUCACUGCAACAGCGGACGCACGCGCCACGGCUCUGCCAGCCAGGUGCAGAAGCAGCGCAGUGCAGGCAGCUUCAAACGGCCCAGCAUCAAGAAGAUCGUAUGAGAGAGGCCCACCACUAGGACCACUUACUGGGGUCGCCCACGCCAGUCAUCAUGCUGCACUUUUACUCCAACUCUCCUCUUCUCUUUUUAUCUAUCUAUCUCAGCCUUGAUUCUCCUCAGUUUCCGUUGUUUUUUUUGUUUUUUUACCCUAAACUGUCCAGUCAGCCAUAUUUGCUUGACGAUCAAGAACUUUGAAUAUGAUGCAGUUUUGUUUAUGAAACAGUCAGUGUAUGAGAUGUCAUUGAGAAAGAGUCUGGCGGUUUUUAUGUUUUGUGUAUUUUUGUGUCACAUACUGAACCACAUCGGAAUCUUUUUUUUAAAACAGCAUAAAUUGAAAGAAAGCAUUGACAUUGACAACACAGCAGUAAAAGUAGGGAACAUAGUGUCUGAAGCCAUUUUGUUGUCUUGCUUCUUUCUGGUUUUAAUUUUGUUUCAUAAUGACAAAGUAUUACGAGAAGACCAUUUCUGUGAUUUGCACAAUUUUCUGUAAUUCAACAUGCUUGUACGUUUGUUUUGGUUUUGUUGCCUUUUCUAAGUGGUGUUAGUAGGAAAUUUUUCUUCAAGCUGAGAGAGCUUUGCCAAUGGGGCUGAACUAGAUCAAAGGACAAGCUGCAGAUGCAUCUCAUUGGGACACAUAGCCAUGAAGAGGCAUUGUGCCUUGGGACCCAGCGUUGAGGAAAGGGAUCCCUCUCACCCACCAGAGAGACGCUACAGAGGGAGAGCAGUACCCUGACACACACACACCAUUGUGGAGGAAAUCGCUGAAUGCCCUAAACCCUCCUGUAGUAGCAACAUCUGUGAAAAGCAUGACCAACAAUAGACAUUAGUGGUUUACUGUGCUAUUGAGGGCUGGACUAUCAAUUGGCCCUGUUUUGAGCUGUGUCAGGGACAAUCUAAUGAUGGCCAAGCCAUGUGUCUAUUGAUUAGUGAUUGUCAAAGCUGUGGGGAUUUCUGUUAGGCAGUAUUUUUAUUCCCACAUGAGUCAGAGAGGGCCAACUAGGCGGCAGGUUGAUGUUUAUUGUCAUAAGCCUUGUCCUGGAGGCAGAACUGAGCGAUUUCCCCUUAGAUAGCCCAGCUGUAAAGUCAAAAUUGGCUAUAUUGUAAAAAUUCAUGAAAACAAAAAUGUGCUUUUUGGUCUUAAUUUAAGAUUAGGGUUAGCAGUGUGUUUAAGGUUAGUGCUAGAUUUUAUGAUUUUGUGGCUGUGCCAGCUAGUGACCACUGUGGGGCUGCCUCUAGAACAAGAUUUGUGAUGUAAAAAACGCUAACCUGCCAGGUGGGCCACUGGUGUUGGAGAACAGCAGCCCUGCAGGUUUCAGAGCGUUCGCUUUUAAUCAGCACCCUAUUCACGUUUUAUAACACUAUGUCAAGGAAAGUAAAGGAGGAAAAUCUGGAAAACAGGAAUAGAUAUUGUCCAAUGUUGGACAUUUGGAUUGGACAUUUGAAAUUGUCCUUAGCUUUGAGAUUUGAAAUAUAUCUAUAGUGGGAGUCUUUCUCAGUAAUAAUUGUUUCAUUCUUGCCCCAAUUUACUGUAAACACACAUACAAACCAUACACUUGGGAGGUUGUUUUGUUCAUUGUGUGCCUUUUCUAGGGUUUUCAGAUGUUUAUAAUGAAAUGAGAAAUGAAAAAAUUGCUUCAUACAGCAUUAAAGGUAUUGUAGAUGGUUACUCUGAAUAAAUGUAUAUUUAUAUAUACAGUUAAAAGUAUUGUAAACAAUACCUUAUGAAUGACAAGCAUACAGGCAUUAUUAAUCUGCUGCCUGAUAAUUGCCUUGUAUGGUUAAAUAUUUAUGUAAAACAUUAACAUUCGGUACCUCUUGUCAAAACAAGUAUUCACACACAAAUUCCAUGACACUAGGGACCAGAUUUGCUGAGUAAGUGCAUGUGCAAAUGUUGCACCUGUUUUUUCAAGAGUGAAUGAAAUGUUGAAGUCAGAACAGUGAUGGCUUUUAUGUUUGUUUUUAUCUUUGUUUUAGGAAAAUUGGUGUCAAUUAUGUUCUGGUUCAAAAGCUUUAGUAAAUCUGUCCCUGUUCAUGAUGUAAAUAGUACAAUAAGGUAUUUGUUAUAUAGUAAUGACAUAGUUGUGAUUUGUUUUAGUGAGCUUUGAAUUUUAUCAUUGCAAAAAGUCUGAUUUAAUUUGAAAGAUUUGAAAUAUGGAUUAAUUAAAGAAACUAUGGUUGUAAUUAAUCACCUCAAGACACACACCUGCUGAAUAGUGUUCUCCAUGUUUAAAAUCAGCAUAAGGAAAUGAUGCCAAAAAAUAACUUUGUGCGGGAUUGAGACUAUGGUUAGGCUGUCUGUUCGCAGAUAGAACUGUGUGUAUUGGGAGUACAGCUGUACAGGGUGUUAUUGGCUCUUUUGCCAUUGUCUUCCCCUCAUUAGUCUGUAGUGUGGCAUGUGUAAAGGUCUAGGCAGGCAUAGGGGUCAGUUCCAUGAUGCAGUGCGGCAGGCCCUGGGAUGUUGCACCAAAGACUAGCAAAUCUGUUCGGUAGUUUUAUCAUUGUUGACUUUCUCUCAGCCUUUGCAGUUGGUCCAGUAGGCCUUGCACAGAUAGAUGUGUGGCAAACAGAGACGUUCCUUUCUCUAACAACAUGGUGCAGUUUGUUAGGCAGCAGAGGAGUUCUCUGGUCACCCCAUUCCAUUUCCUCGUGGAGCCUGGUUCCUAGUUUCUGCUGUUUGAGGUUGUGUACCAAGAAACCAACCAGUGCCAUACACAGAGUCUCUCUGAAGUCAUGGUUGUUUUGGAAGCUUGUGCCAACUCCUUCAGAAUGUUUUUGUAAGUGUGCUUGUUAACAUUGAUGUUAAUCCUGGGGUCAAACACAAUUCCAUUCGCAAAAGCAAGUCAAAAAUAUCUAAGGCCAGCAUGUGCAUUAAGUGAAUUAUGUAAAUUGAGUAGGAGUCAGUGUAUAGAGAUGGGGGAAGGGAGGAUAUGAGGAUAUGAAGACUGACAGUUUUAGUUUUUCACCUACAUCCAGACAUUUUAACAAUUAACAACCAUGCUUAAACUUACAUUUGUUUUCUUAUUCUAUUAAUCUGGUUUAGAUUGGACAUGAUGACCACAAGAAAAUGAACAAUGUGCGCACUUAGUUUUUUCCAAAAUCAAAGUGUGUUGGUGCUGUUGAGAGGUAAUGAACCUUGUGUAAUGAAGUUGAUUCCAAUGCCUAGAUUUUGUUUACAAACGUUAAUAUACUUGAAUCAGGAGGCUAUAUGUCUAGAAGAAGCACUUCCUCAUCAUGGAAAGGGAAAAAAUUACAUUUUUAGAAGUCAAAUGGAACAAGUUUACCAAACACAACAUUUUAAAAGAUGAAAGGAAACCAAAGUUUAGGAACUGCAAUAUAGUACACACAAACUCGGAAACUACUGUGUUUGAUAAACAGUCCUCUGAGAGAAGUCUAAUGUACUAAUCCACAACUUAGUUUGCUUUCAUAUGGGGGUGAGAGAUGAUUCAAGUAGUGAAAGAGAUGGACCAAGCUAUGAAUCAAUGCAAACCACAAUGUUUUCUUUUUGUAUGUGCUUUUUGUACAGUUAAUGAUAAUUAUAACCACAGCAUUCUUCAUAAUGUGCUAUGAUGUGUGUAUUGUAAAAUUAUUAAUUAUUUAGUUCUGGCCUCAUCAGACUUUAGGAACUACAGAUCUCUGUUUCUAGCUCAUGCUUUGAAGGGUAAACCCAACCAACUGUUUUUAUUUGUAUUUAUUUUAGUGUAUACCAGACAGAGCACACUUUGUAUAUUCAAUGGAUCCCUUUUUCUCAGUGUCUCUUCAUAAAGGGUAGUAGGCCAGAGGGAAUGUGUUUGCCUUGCUUUUACUUCAUGGAAAUGUGCCACUUUAAAGAACUGAAAAGAAUUGUCCUAAUUUGAGUGAAUUGAACAUUUUUCUGUUCAUGUGAAAUUGAAAAUGGUCACUUAAAGGCCCUAAAAUGUACUAGCAGUAGCUCAGGAGAGACAGUAUUAUAGAUAUCAGUUAACCACUUUGUUCAAUGCAAGGAUAAAACAAUGUCAAAAUAGCUUUUCUUCUCAAACAUUGCUUUAAUAUACAGUAAUGGCCAAUCGGUCUUCCUUUUAAGAUGAUAAAGCAUAGAAAUGAAAGCUGAAAAGUUCUGGAUGCAGAGCACCCUACCACCUGUUAUCACACCAUUAACAGACAAAAGUAUUGGGAGCAGAAACGGUCUCUGAAAGGUAGACUGAGCUCUCUGUAAAUGUAUUGUAGGUUUUCAUCAUUCUCAACUGAAGUCAAUUGUGUCUUGCGCUGGUGUGAUAUCUCCUAAUUUGGCACAUCUCAAGGUUAUGCAAAAUAUGUUUAACCAUUGGCCACUGUUUUACUGUUUCUUUCCCUCAUUUUUUAUGCAGUAAGCUCCAUCUCUGUAAAUAAUUUUGUGUAAAAAUUGAUAAAGGUAUAUUUACUACACUGUAAAUACAUGUGAUGAUAUAUUGUAUUAUUUAGCUUUUUGUAAAGCAGUUAGUUGCUGUACAUGUAAAACAUACAAAUUGAAUGAUUCUAGUGUUAGUAAUGAUAACCUCUGUCCAUCAUGUCACUGCACUGUGUCAUUAAAUAUAUUGAGGAAAAUAAAGGUUUAAAUCGAGGAUAUAGAUGACUGUGUACUCUAAAACCUCCACUGUAUGAUCGGUUGCUGUCCUCAUCUGACAUUUACAGAUGUUGCCCUAAUAAAGAAUUUCUGUCCAAACUUUG